AAGAGAAGGAAAUUACACCUUAAAAACAGACAUUUUGGCUCUGUUUUGAGGUGAAAAAAUGGAAGGGAGAGACGAAGAUGUGAGAGUUGGAGCCAACAGGUUCGAGGAGAGGCAGCCGAUUGGGACGGCAGCUCAGACCCAAAUUGCGGCAAAGGACUACCGAGAGCCGGCGCCGGCGCCGCUGGUUGAAGCGGGGGAGUUAAGGUCAUGGUCGUUUUACAGAGCUGGAAUUGCAGAGUUUGUGGCCACUUUCCUGUUCCUUUAUGUGACUAUUUUGACAGUAAUGGGAGUCGCCAAAUCUCCCAAUAAGUGCAACACUGUUGGCGUCCAAGGCAUUGCUUGGGCCUUUGGCGGCAUGAUCUUUGCUCUUGUUUAUUGCACCGCUGGUAUUUCAGGUGGUCACAUAAACCCAGCCGUCACAUUCGGGCUAUUACUGGCACGGAAGCUCUCUCUAACAAGGGCAAUCUUUUACAUAAUAAUGCAAUGCCUAGGCGCCAUCUCGGGUGCCGCCGUCGUAAAAGCCUUCGAAAACGCCCAAUUUGUAACCGUCGGCGGCGGAGCUAACACCAUCAAUGCAGGCUAUUCCAAAACAGCCGGCCUCGGAGCUGAAAUCAUGGGCACAUUUCUUCUUGUUUACACAGUCUUCUCAGCCACCGAUGCAAAGCGAAACGCCCGAGAUUCCCAUGUUCCUAUGUUGGCUCCAUUGCCGAUUGGGUUCGCGGUGUUCUUAGUGCAUUUGGCCACCAUUCCGAUCACCGGAACUGGCAUUAAUCCGGCCAGAAGCCUCGGCGCCGCCCUCGUUUACAACCGCCACCAAGCCUGGCAUGACCAUUGGGUGUUCUGGGCAGGGCCGUUGAUCGGAGCAGCACUGGCGGCUCUCUACCAUCAGACAGUGAUCAGAGCAAUACCAUUCAAGUCCAGAUGAGCUUAUCCAUAUGGUUUGGGCUCGAACAGAUUGGUCGGCCCAUAUUUAAGCCCAAUUAGAAUUGGACUUCAAAUAAAUUUGGGCCUAAACUUGAGUAAAAGGCCCAAUCGUAAGCCCUCCUAUGUUAGUUGCACUAGUAAUAAUAAUAAUAAUAAUAAAAGCUAUAUUCACAUGAAUUAAACCAUAAA